AUGGCCACCGAAAGCAUCCCCGCUGUACCCGUUACCCUCGGCACAGCACUCGAAAAGGCUCACCCAAAAACAGGAAGCAUCGCCCCAUCCAAGGCCAACAGCACCAAUGGCAAUCGUACCAGUCUUAGCUGCAAUGGUCUGCAUGACAAGACCCAGGUCAAAUUAAAGCUCCAAAACAUCACCCAGGCCACAAAGCCCGCCAAGAACCUCGGCGAUCAUACCCAUCAAGUGUUCGAUUUCCAGACGACCGUCCACAAUAUGACCUUUGACAUCAUCAAGAUUGAUGUAUAUGAUGUCAAGAAAGCAUUCAACCAGCACAUCAAGAUCGGUCGUGCUUACUUGCCCCUGCGCGAUCUUCAGAAGAAGGUCGGGAACAAGUAUGAUAAUGACGGGGAUGACAAUACGGAGCCCGAACAAUCGGUCUUGUCGACGCGUUUUGAUGCCGCUGCGUUCUGUAAGAAACAUGACGACGUAUUUGAGGUUGAUCUUCCGCUCUUCAAGCAUGGAUCGUAUUCCAAGUUCGGGUCCAGCGUUCUCCAUCAUCACAACGAGCACGACCCUCUUCACAGCGAAAAUAAGGAGGAUAUUAUCAUCACCAAAGGAUCCGAAAACGGAAAUGAUGUCACCGUAAGGACGCACCCUCGCCGUCCUACCCGAAGCGAAUCGUAUGUACAGAUGGCCAUGAACGGCGUCGAAGUCGGCAUGAUCACCAUCCAGGCUACUUUGCACUUCGAAGACCAGACACAGAAUUCUCUCUUUGCUCAUCUCGGCACAGGACUGGAAAGGCAGAGCAACGUCAACGGCACAUCAGCAAGCGGGUCGAAUGGUCAAGACUACGUAUCAAGAAAUGCCACCCGAACGUCGCGUUCACACACCAACCGUUCCAUGGAUUCGUCGCUCUCGACAGACUCAUCAACACUUGGAGAUAACCACCUCAGCGAUGUUCCUAGAUACCACUCGGAGCAACUCCUGCCACUGGCCUCUUCUAGAGAAUCAGAGGCUCCUGAACUUGUCAAAUCGACAUCAGCACCCGUUAUCAUUCAACGCGGCAUUCAAUCGGGAGAUCCUCAGCAGUCAGGAAGGAUUCUAAAAAUGCCCUCGUCUCCACCGAAUCUCCCACUUUACUACGGAACAGCGAGCUCGCCUACUUCUCCGCCUCUGUCGCCUAUAUUCCCUCAGUCACCCGGAUCCCUUGGAUCGCCCGGAUCGCCUCUUAAUUCGUUUCAGUGGCAUUCGGACAAUAACACUUCUCAGGAUACCGUUCGUUCAUGGGAUGAGUCCGGACUGAGCUAUGGUGACGGAUAUAUUGACGGGGACAAUGCCGAAUUUGAUGAGGAUAUCGAGAACGGGUUGAGUCAUGAGCACACGGUCAAGGGCGAACACCUCACGGAAGCUGAUCGGAAGCGAGAGGAGGAAUUGAUGGCGGGGAUUAUGGCAAACGGCGAUCAGGCAAAGAAGGACAUGUAUCUGAACCGGUCAGGAGAAGGCCAGGGCAGUGGACACAAAGGAAAAGGCAAGAAGGCCAAGUUCAAUCUGUUCUCUGAACAGACACGAUCUGCCUUCAAAGAUAUCCAGCUGAUGUACAGUUCGUUCUUUGGUCAUGGAUGGAAUCUGUCGCGGUCAGAGUUUUGGAAGGGCUUCCAUAUUGUGGAAAAGCACUACGAGCGCCAUCCAACGCCCACGACCAACAGAGCAUUUGACAACAUCGACAUCCUCGAGAAAGCCCGCCAUUUUGUGCGUCUUGCUAUCGCCUCGUACGGCUCCCUUCCAUGGGUAUACUUUGGCUACAGUUUCAAGGUGGCCCCAUUAAACUUUGUCCGCUUCAACUCGGACCGCAAGAACGUGAUGGACUACUUCAAGCUGAAGAAGGAGGAUAUGAUCGUGUGGCAUUUUGAUAAGAGGACUGCCCUCGUGCCUAGCUACUACAUCGUCCGCGAUCCCAAGUACAAUGCGCUUUGUAUCAUCAUCCGUGGCACUUUUAGCAUUACGGACGCCAUGACCGAUCUGGUUUGCGAGUACUAUCCUUACAAAGGUGGCCUUGUUCACAAGGGCAUCAUGGAUAAUGCGCGGUUUGUUUUCGAGCGCAGCGGCAAGGACAUCGAGGCUGCACUGAAAAAGUUCAACCUCAAGACUAUCUACUGGUGA